AUGCUCUCACGUAGGAGUAUCACUAUCGCACUACGCCCACCAAUUAUGUUCCACAACUCCAUUCGCCAUGCGAGCCCAACACUUCUUCCGCACCAACAGGCAAAAGGCCUCAUGACUACUACAACGCCGAGCGACAUAGGUAGCACGAUGCCACCAAAUACUGUGGCUCGUGUUGGGCAGCUCAAGACAUUCACUUUGCCCGAGAAGGCUACUGGAUCCCCCACAGAUGUUGAAAUGGGGAAGGCUAUGAUCAAUGCGUGGCGUGAAGAUGGUAUUCUUCAGGUCUCGAUGAGUCCUAAGCAACAGGAUCUCUUUGAUAAAGCGUCUGCUGCUAGUAACCGGUUCUUUGCUAUGCCUCCUACCCAGAAGGCUGCAUGCGUGGACGAUCAGAGCUACGCCGGCUAUAUUGCCUCUGGGGAAGAAAUUACAGAUGGUGUCGCUGAUUAUUCAGAGAUAUUUACGGUCACUAAGGAUCUUCCUCUAGACGAGCCUCGAGUUAAAGCCAAGUGGCCUUGCCAUGGUCCUUGCCCUUGGCCAGAUAGCGAUAUGAAGACCACUAUACAACAGUACAUGGACUCUUUGGGUCAUAGCGGAGAGACGCUGCUGCAGAUGAUUGAAUACGGUCUCAGUCUGGAUCCUAAGACUCUCACCUCUUUAACCAAGGAUGGAUGGCACCAUCUCCGUGUCCUAAGGUUCCCUCAAAACAAUAAGACCAACGGAAGAGGAAAAGAGGGGCGCGGCAUUGGGUCCCACACGGACUACGGUCUCUUGGUCAUCGCAGGCCAGGAUGAGGUUGGAGGCCUAUUUAUUCGCCCCCCAGCAGCUGAUGAGAAGCUGGAGAAUUGGAAGAAAAGCGCUGCUGGCUUCCGCGAAGACGAUGAACGAUGGGUCUAUGUACCUCCUGUGCCUGGAGUCUUCACGGUAUUCCCAGGGGAUAUAAUGCAGUUCAUGACCAACUCGUACCUACCAUCCACCCCCCACAAGGUCGGCCUCAAUACCAGGGAGCGAUUUGCCUUUGCCUACUUCCAUGAACCUAGCUUCCAAGCUGUGAUUCCCCCAGUUGCGAAGCUUUAUGAUGAUCAGCCUCCAGCUGAAAGCAUUCAUUAUGGAACCCACUUUACAAACAUGUUCAUGAGGAACUAUCCUGACCGGGUUACAACAGAGAGGAUGCUAAGGGACGAUCGACUGAAGUUAUUGGAUUUGCCUGAGCUGAGAACGCAAUAG